AUGGGGACUCACCUUUCGAAACAGCUCGAGCGUCGAAAAGCCAUCUCGACCGAGAAGAAAGUCCUCACCGAUCUUCAGAAAUCAUGCGGCUGCGAAUUUCCGGGAUGCGAUUACAUGCCGACUGAUCGGAAAAACUGGAUGUCCGGCGUUGGACCUGAAAAGCUUCAUAUCAACAAGAUCGUGUGGCCAGGGACUCACGAUUCAGCCACGAACAAAAUCGGUAUCCGAUUCGUGUCUCGACCUUUCGCGCAGUGCCAGUCUCUUUCUAUAUAUAACCAGCUCGUGGCCGGUAGUCGAGUCUUGGACAUUCGAGUCCAAGAAGAUCGCCGUGUAUGCCACGGAAUCCUCAAGACUUAUAGUGUUGAUGUUGUCUUAACCGAUCUCAAACGGUUCUUGUCCGAAACAGAAUCCGAGAUUGUGAUUCUUGAGAUCAGAACAGAGUUUGGACACGAAGAUCCACCGGAUUUCGAUAAGUACCUCAUCGAACAGCUCGGUGAGCAUUUGAUUCACCAAGAUGAUAAUGUGUUCAAGAAGACAGUAGCUGAGUUGCUUCCUAAGAGAGUGAUCUGCGUUUGGAAACCGAGGAAAUCGCCUCAGCCUAAGCACGGCGAUCCGCUGUGGAGCGCGGGGUAUUUGAAAGACAAUUGGAUCGAUACGGACCUUCCUUCGACUAAAUUCGAAAGCAAUUUGAAGCAUUUGAGCCAGCAGCAACCUGCUACCUCUCGGAAAUUCUUCUACCGUGUUGAGAACACUGUCACGCCGCAGCCUGAUAACCCGAUAUUGUGUGUUAAACCGGUGACUAGCCGGAUUCAUUGCUACGCCAAGGUUUUUAUUAUUGAAUGUGUUAAGAGAGGAUGUGCUGAUAAAUUGCAGAUCUUCUCAACGGAUUUCAUUGAUAAAGACUUUGUUGAUGCUUGCGUUGGGCUCACCUUUGCAAGAUCUGAAGGUAAGGCUUGA